GAGCGCGGACGAGGAGCGGCCGAGCCCCCGAGGAGAAGCCGGGUUCGGAGCGCGCUCGGCCCGCGGUGAAGCGUCGCACGGGCCGCGCUGGCCCCGGCCCACAGCACCAUGCCCUGUGGAGAAGACUGGCUGAGCCACCCGCUCGGGAUCGUGCAAGGCUUCUUCGCCCAAAAUGGAGUUAAUCCUGACUGGGAGAAGAAAGUUAUUGACUAUUUCAAGGAAAAGCUGAAGGAAAAUAAUGCUCCUAAAUGGGUGCCGUCAUUGAACGAAGUCCCUCUUCACUAUCUGAAACCUAACAGCCUCGUCAAGUUCCGCUGCAUGGUUCAGGAUAUGUUUGACCCUGAGUUUUACAUGGGAGUGUAUGAAACGGUUAACCAGAACACAAAAGCACGAGUUCUUCAUUUUGGAAAAUACAGAGAUAUAGCAGAAUGCGGGCCUCAGCAAGAGCUUGACUUAAGCUCUCCACGAUCCACCACUUCAGAGAGACAGACCUUCUACUGUGUCCCAGUGCCCGGGGAAUCUACAUGGGUCAAAGAGGCCUAUGUCAAUGCAAACCAAGCUCGAGUCAGUCCCUCGACUUCCUAUACUCCCAGUCGGCAUAAGCGGAGUUAUGAAGAUGACGAAGAUAUGGACCUACAGCCUAAUAAACAGAAAGACCAACACGCAGGUGCCCGGCAGGCAGGCGGCCUCGGUGGCCUGCACUGGUGCGGCGAGCCAAAACGCUUAGAAACUGAAGCUUCCACCGGGCAGCAGCUGAACUCCUUGAAUCUCUCUUCUCCCUUCGAUCUGAACUUCCCUCUGCCAGGAGAGAAGGGCCCUGCCUGCCUCGUUAAGGUCUACGAAGACUGGGAUUGCUUCAAAGUUAAUGAUGUUCUUGAGUUAUAUGGUGUGCUGUCUGUGGACCCUGUCCUGAGCAUACUGAAUCACGAAGAGAGGGACGCCUCUGCGCUGCUGGACCCCAUGGAGUGCACAGACACGGCAGAAGAGCACAGGGUGCAUAGUCCUCCAGCGUCACUCGUGCCAAGAAUUCAUGUGAUUUUAGCCCAGAAGCUGCAGCACAUCAACCCAUUGUUACCCACUUGCCUUAACAAGGAGGAGAGCAGGACCUGCCAGUUUGUGUCCAGUUUCAUGUCUGAGCUGUCUCCAGUCAGAGCAGAGCUGUUGGGCUUCCUCACUCAUGCGCUCUUGGGUGACAGUCUGGCUGCUGAGUACCUUAUCCUGCACCUCAUCUCCACAGUAUAUACAAGGAGAGAUGUUCUUCCACUAGGAAAAUUUACAGUUAACCUGAGUGGUUGCCCAAAGAAUAGCACCUUCACGGAGCACCUGUAUCGGAUCAUCCAGCACCUUGUCCCAGCAUCUUUUCGUCUACAGAUGACGAUAGAGAACAUGAACCAGUUGAAAUUCAUUCCUCACAAAGACUAUACAGCCAAUCGACUGGUCAGCGGCCUGCUCCAGCUGCCCAACAACACUUCCCUGGUCAUUGAUGAGACUCUCCUAGAGCAGGGGCAGUUGGACACCCCAGGUGUUCAUAAUGUAACCGCCCUGAGCAACCUGAUAACCUGGCAGAAGGUGGACUAUGACUUCAGUUACCACCAGAUGGAGUUCCCGUGCGACAUUAACGUUCUCAUCACAUCCGAGGGGCGCUCACUGCUGCCGGCAGACUGCCAGAUUCACUUACAGCCCCAGCUGGUCCCACCCAAUAUGGAGGAGUACAUGAACAGCCUUCUCGCGGCAGUGCUGCCGUCUGUGCUCAACAAGUUCCGCAUCUACCUGACCCUGUUAAGAUUCCUGGAUUACAGCAUAUCAGACGACAUAACCAAGGCGGUUGAAGACGAUUUUGUGGAAAUGCGUAAAAAUGACCCUCAGAGUAUCACAGCUGAUGACCUGCACCAGCUGCUUGUGGUGGCUCGGUUUCUGUCUCUGAGUGCUGGCCAGACGACGCUUUCCAGAGAGCGAUGGCUCAGAGCCAAGCAGCUGGAGUCCUCCAGGAAGAACCGGCUUCAGCAGCACCAGAGCGUCAACGGGAACGAGCUGUAGAGCUCCGAGCCUGAGGAGAGCAGC